AUGCAAAAUACUCAUAUCUCCUUACAGAGGACCGGCCCGAUUGCAGCACCACCAAAGGCAAUUGGCAUUGGGACCAAUCCGCGUGCAGCCUCCGCCGCGGCACGCGCACCUGCAUCUUCGCAGCAGCAACAUCAAGCCUCCCUCAUACGACGCACGGUUGCUCGGGGCGCCAGCUUGAACGAUCAGGACGUCGUCGUCGCGCCGCUGUGCGACAAUCGCAAUGCGGACGCUAUCACCGAAGCUGGGCCAAGCGAUGGCGCGCUGGCGAACACGUCGAGCAAGGUUUUCGCGGUGUCUACCCUCGCUUCGCUGCUCCUUUCCUCUGCAACGCCAUCCUUCGCUUCUGGAGCCGUAGAUGUCGCGUUGGCCUCUGCAUCGGCAGCCAAGGCCUCGACCUCGAUCUUUGCUGCAGACAGCUCACCGGGUGGCAGCGGAGGGACGUUGGGACCGAAUGCACCGUCGCUGCUGGCUUCGGACUCGCAGACCACGAGAGACGACCGGGAGUUAGUUGAGGAGUUGCUCCGGCAGUUGGUGUCCAACGAACGGCUCAUCGCGCGGCUAUUGCGCAGUGAUGCCUUUUUGGAUCGUAUGGCAGCGGAUUCUGCCCUGCUGACGGAGCUGCAGAAGCGGCAGGGACUGCUGGUCCAGCUUGCGUCGCAUGGGGAGGCUGCCGUCGUAGCGGUGGCUGAUGCUGCCAGGGCGAUGGCGGAAGAGGCAGUGGAGGAGGAGCGCGCCGCCGCGGCAGCAGCGGCGGCGGCGACGCCGUUAAGUAACCUCAUCGCUACGAUUGCCGAUGCGCCAGUUGACCAGUUGACCGACUUCGCAACUGCAUCAGCGCCGUCGUCGCCAUUGUCGGCAAAAUCGGCGGAUGAUACGCAGUCCGCCUCGUCGGCGGUUAGGCUUGUCUUGGAGCUGGCGGCUCCGCCAGUGUCAGUGUUGUCGACGGAAGUAGCGUCGGCGGUGACGGCGGCGCCACAGUCGCUGUUGGUGGCUGCGGAGCUGUUGGAGGAUUGCGAGGAGCUGCUCGAGGCUAUCGAGCUACAGCUCGCACCCGACAGCGGUGCAAGCAGUGCUAGCAGUAGCGACAGCGACAUUGCAGAGACCGUCGCCAUUGUGGCAGUAGCGCCUGCGACGGCCGCAGCUGAAGCGGUGGCCGAGGCACCUGAUGUAGCGGCGCCGGCGCCGGCCGCUGUAGCUCAGAUUGCGGCUGCGCCUGCCGCCGCCAAUCUGAACACCGCUGACGCCGGCGGCUUUCAGGAGACGACGGCGGCUGAGGCUCUGAUUGCGGCCAUGGCGGCGGCUCCGACGGUGGCGGCGGCUGCGGUCCCAGCAUUGGCGCCGACGUCAGCAGGAACGGCGGAACCGUUUGUUGUAGUCGCGCAAAUGCCCGCCGCCUCUUCCGCUACUGCUACUGCUACUGCUGCGGCGAUCGUUGACGGCACCGUGUAUGACGGCGAUGACGAUGGCCCUGUGCCGUUGGACGCAACGGUUGCGGCGGCGGUGCCGAAGCCAGCGGCGGUGCCGCCGCAAGCGGUGCUGUCAGCUGCCGUGCCCGUUUCCAACACGAUCAUCCUCGAAGGUGCCGUACGAGACGCAGAACAGGUUGUGGCCAAAGCUAUUGAUGGGGCUCCAGAACCAUUGGUUGGAUUGCAACAGGCACUGGCUGCGGUGUACUCGCUGCAGCCGGUGGAGGAGCUGGAGGCGCCGCCGCCGCCUCCGCCGCCCAUGAAGGCCUUUGCCGCCGCCAAGUCUCCUGCGGAUGUCAUUGCGGAGGUGGCGGAGGCGGCGGCGGUGCAGGCGGAGGCGACGUCGGGUGUGGUGGCGGUGGCGGAGCAAGCCAUGAAUGAUAUGGCGCUGGCAAUGUCGGACCUGGCGGCAGCGGCAGAAGAGGCCGCGGAAGCAAUCGCAGCGGUGGCGGAAGCGGCGGCUGUGGCGGUCGAUGUACGGCAGGCGGACAUGCCGUUCGUUGGGGAGGCCAAGGUGGCUGCGGCAGCGGAGGCGGCGGCUGUAGUGGCCAAGGCUGCGGAGAUGGAUUCACUGGCUGUUGCGGACAUUGCAUUCGCGGUGUCGGACAUGGCGGCGGCUGUAGCGGAGAUCGCGGACGCAGCGGCGGCGGCGGUGCCGGCGGCGGCCGCGGCGGUUGAGGUGGCGGAGGAGGUCAAGCCGGGAGAGGCCGCAUUGCUGGCGGCUGAAGAGGCCAAAGAGCAUUGUGACGGAUGCAUGCUAACGCGCUUGAUCAUUCAUGCGCAAUCCUACCAGUGCCCGCUCGCCUGGUUCCGGGAUCAUAAACCGUCUCAAAGACUAUCAUCCCACUACUUCACUUCACAAGCUAGUAAAGGCCAGCUUGUAGUUCCAUCCCACCCGACGCUUUUCACUGCCCUCUUGAAUCUCAUCACUGCCCUUUCGAAUCUUAUCACUGCCCUCUUGAAUCUCAUCACUGCUCUUUUGAAACGUGCACCGCAGGCGAUGCCGACGACGGCUGACGCCUCCAAACUGGUGGCUAUGGCGGAUGUCGUCGAGCAGUUGGCGGUCGCCGUGGCGGAGCGUGCAGACGCCGUAGCCGACGGGGCCGCCCUGGUGGUGGAGGCGGCAGAGGCCGCGGAGGCGGCGGCGGCGGCCGGCGGCGGCGCCAUGGCAGCCAAGGAGGCGUUGGCGACGGCGGCGGCGGUGGCCCAGGCGGCCGCGGCCGCACCUGCCAUGGAGCUCACCGUACUGGCGGACGUUGCGCGCGAUGUGGCAGAGGUGGCGCAGGAGGUGGCGGACCUAGCGGCGAGCAAUGCCAAGGCGGCGGAGGCUGCAGCGGAAGUGGUAGUGGCGGCGGCGCCGGCUGCCAAAACGGGCUUGGCGGCCUUGGCGCCGAUGUCGGCCUCUGAGAAGGCGGCGUUGGAAGAGCUUAAGGUUGAAGCAGCGGAGACGGCGGCGGCGGCAGCGGCAGUUGUGGCGGCGGAUGCCCAGGCCAUCGCAGACGCCGCCAAACUGGCAGCGGAUGUGGUUUCGGAGCUGGCUGGAGAUGAGCCUGUCGAGGCGUUGGCGGAGGCUAAGGAAGCUGCUGCGGCAGCGGCCGCUUCCAUCACGCCAUCGGAAGAGUCUCUGCUUGGGACGUUGAGUGCUUUCACACCACCGUCAGAGCGAGUGCCCGCGGUGCCUAACGCAAUGCUGGGUGCAUCUGCUGCAGCAUCUCCUUCCGCGGUCGUAGCUCCGGAACCGCCGGAAGCGAAGCUUGAGGUAAAACCUGAGCCGGUCAAAGCCGAGUCGAAGCCCGAGCCAGUCAAGGACGAGUCGAAGCCUGAGCCGGUCAAAGCCGAGUCGAAGCCCGAGCCGGUCAAGGACGAGCCAAAGCCUGAGCCGGUCAAAGCCGAGUCGAAGCCCGAGCCAGUCAAGGACGAGUCGAAGCCUGAGCCGGUCAAAGCCGAGUCGAAGCCCGAGCCAGUCAGGGACGAGUCGAAGCCCGAGCCGGUCAAAGCCGAGUCGAAGCCCGAGCCGGUCAAAGCCGAGUCGAAGCCUGAGCCGGUCAAAGCCGAGUCGAAGCCCGAGCCGGUCAAGGUCGAGCCAAAGCCUGAGCCGGUCAAAGCCGAGUCGAAGCCCGAGCCGGUCAAAGCCGAGUCGAAGCCUGAGCCGGUCAAAGCCGAGUCGAAGCCCGAGCCAGUCAGGGACGAGUCGAAGCCUGAGCCGGUCAAGGUCGAGCCAAAGCCUGAGCCGGUCAAAGCCGAGUCGAAGCCUGAGCCGGUCAAAGCCGAGUCGAAGCCCGAGCCGGUCAAGGUCGAGCCAAAGCCUGAGCCGGUCAAAGCCGAGUCGAAGCCCGAGCCGGUCAAAGCCGAGUCGAAGCCUGAGCCGGUCAAAGCCGAGUCGAAGCCCGAGCCGGUCAAGGUCGAGCCAAAGCCUGAGCCGGUCAAAGCCGAGUCGAAGCCUGAGCCGGUCAAAGCCGAGUCGAAGCCUGAGCCGGUCAAAGCCGAGUUGAAGCCCGAACCGGUCAAGGCCGAGCCGGUCAAGGCCGAGCCAGUGAAGGUCGAAAUCGCUGUGGAUGCUGGGGCACCUGCUGCCAAGUCAGCAGCUGCAGAAGCUGUCAUUCCUACAGCACCAGUCACCGUACCCGCAGAUUCGAGUGCUGCUUCUGCUUCCACGACCACGCUGUCCACCUCUCCCGCUCAAGAACCUGCUGGAGAGGCGGAUAACGCGGCUGUACGGAGACUGUUGGAGCUGGCUCCGGAGCUGGGCGUGGCGGGAGCUGCCCUUGCGCUGGCCGUCCUAGGUCCUCGCUUUUACCGGGAUGUGGUGGUUCCAGAGCUGGAGGCAAACCAGGUCCGGCGGCGGGUUCAGGAGCAACGGGAGGCUGAGCUGCGACGUGCGCAGCGGGAAGCGUUGUUAGCUCGCGCGCGUGCCAACAGCCGCCGGCGCUGAUUAUAAUGCAUGGGCUGCGGAGCAAGGAAGACCCGGGAACUGGGAACCGUGCCAGCUUCCUGCUGUGGGGGCUGCUGCUUCCUUUGCUUCCGCGAUGGGUGGUAGCUGGUGCUGCCGCUGAGUUUGAAUAGUUGGCUUGCGCAUCCUGUCUUAGGCUUGUGGGUUGGGAAGCCUAAGGGAAUUUGAGCGGUGUUUUAUUUUAGCACGUGUGCUUGAUUGUUUUGUGUUUUUGUGUGUCUGAUGCUUGUAAUGUGCGCUAUGUGCAAUAGCAGGGAGCAGGUCAACCUGGUAGGUGAUCGAAGUUGUUCGUCAAAUUAGAGCACGAGUAGUCAUUAUUGUGUGAGGAUACGAUGCCUUAUGUGCAGGCAUUUGGUUUGUCAUUUGAUUUUUUCCACUUGUCAUUCUGUUGUGGCAGCGGUUGCGGUGUUGGCGCGAGUUGACUUGACGGCUUGGCGGGCCCAGCAAGAUUUGUGCCUCGUGCGUUGUCCUGUGCGUGCCAGAACAUGCCAGCUGCAGGGAUGUUGAAGGCGAUGUUAUUACUGUUGGAUGCUAUUCUUUUGCUGAUGCCUGUGGUUGCGCUUUUGUUAUGCGUUUGUUUUGAGGAGGUAUGUGUCUUUGGGGUACGUUCCCGUGUAGUAUUAAAAGGACACGUGUAUGUACAUCUGUCGAAAGGUGGGGAGGAGUGGCAGGGGCAGCAGGGGAUGUCAAGGUUGCGAAAGGAGAAGGCGUCUUCCUGUUACAUGAUCUGGUG